ACGACGACGACGAAGAAGAAGAAGACGCAGUAGCUGUGCAGCAGCGAUGGACGACAGUGACGAGCUGAGUGUAGUUUUGUCUCACACCACUUCUUCAGGCUCUAAGUCGAGUGGAGACAAGAUGUUUUCCCUGAAAAAAUGGAAUGCCGUGGCGAUGUGGAGCUGGGACGUUGAAUGUGAUACUUGUGCCAUUUGUCGGGUACAAGUGAUGGACGCUUGUCUUCGAUGCCAGGCGGAGAACAAACAAGAGGACUGUGUUGUUGUGUGGGGAGAGUGCAACCACUCCUUCCAUAACUGCUGCAUGUCCCUAUGGGUGAAGCAGAACAAUCGCUGUCCUCUCUGCCAGCAGGAUUGGGUGGUUCAGAGAAUCGGUAAAUAGGCUUCUCCACCAGAUGGUCUGAUUUGUCCAACUACACAUCCACUCACCUGAAAGUGGUGACAGACUCAACAGUGAUGGAUGUGAUGCUACUUGCAGAGCCGCUAACACUACAUGAGACUGCAUGCUCAAAUACUACUGAGGUCAUGGGAGUACUUUGAACAGUUACAGACUUGGGAGUUCCUGAUUCAUUGAACUGCAGUGGAAAUGUUAUGAACAGCAUAAUGAAGUUUGUUGUAGUUCAUAUUUUGGCUUUACAUUAGGUGCUUUUCUACCAUGGGGUCUCAAUCCUGAGUACCAAGCUACACCAGUCAGCUGCAGGCUCAGUUCGUGCAAGAUGUGUUUACUGUGCUGCGCCUUCUCAAAUUAUUUUAAGUGAUUUCAAUCUGUACUUAUUAUGACCCUUCCACCUGUUGGAAAUAUAGUCACCAUGCUGUGGUGAGGAUAACAACACUGAUACUUUGACAUAUUAUUGAAAUGUACAGCCUAUAAGGUAAGGUAAGCCAGGAGUUCUUCAAACCUCUGACCUGGUUCCACUGGUGAAAACAUGCAGAUAAUAUUCCUGGGUGCAGUACUCAUCCCUGCAGUAGAAAAGUGCCUAUUAAUGUUUGUGAUGGUCAUGUGGCCAUUUUUAGUAUGUGAAUGUCUUUAAGGGUAAAAACAAAAAAUUGUGUGUAGUACUUAAUAUGUGGACAUUGUGUUCAGUUAAUAAUUUCAAUAAAUUUGGUGAUUACGGUACUGCAAACUUGAA